AGGCACUCAGCUGGAGCGGAAAGGGCGGCUUGUGGGAUGUGGCGGGGCCGUUGUUUCUGGUUCCAGCUGGAGCUCCGGAUCUCGUUUUCACUGCUCUGUGUCCUUAGCCUCUGUGGCCCUGUGACCUGUAGGUAUUUGGAGCUCCACAGCUAGGACGCCAGGACCCCCUGGAAGCCUAGAAAUGGGAUCGUUGACAUUUCGGGAUGUGACCAUAGAAUUCUCUCUGGAGGAGUGGCAAUGCCUGGACACGGCUCAGCAGAAUUUAUAUAGGAAUGUUAUGUUAGAGAACUACAGAAACCUGGUCUUCCUGGGUAUUGCUGUCUCUAAGCCAGACUUGAUAACUUGUCUGAAGCAAGGGAAAGAGCCUUGGAAUAUGAAGAGACAUGAGAUGGUAACUAAACCCCCAGUUAUUAGUUCUCAUUUUACACAAGACUUUUGGCCAGAUCAGAGCAUAAAAUAUUCUUUCCAAGAAAUAAUAUUGAGAACAUAUGCAAGAUGUGGACAUAAGAAUUUACGAUUAAGAAAAGAUUGUGAAAGUGUCAAUGAGGGUAAGAUGCACGAAGAAGGUUAUAAUAAACUUAACCAAUGUUGGACAACUACCCAGGGAAAAAUAUUUCAGUGUAACAAAUAUGUGAAAGUCUUUCAUAAAUAUUCAAAUUCAAAUAGACAUAAGAUUAGACACACUAAAAAGAAAACUUUCAAAUGUAUGAAAUGUAGCAAAUCAUUUUUCAUGCUUUCACACUUAAUUCAACAUAAGAGAAUUCAUACUAGAGAGAAUAUCUAUAAAUGUGAAGAACGUGGCAAAGCCUUUAAAUGGUUCUCAACCCUUAUUAAACAUAAGAUAAUUCAUACUGAAGACAAACCCUACAAAUAUAAGAAAUGUGGCAAAGCUUUUAACAUCUCUUCAAUGUUCACUAAACGUAAGAUAAUUCAUACUGGAAAGAAACCCUGCAAAUGUGAAGAAUGUGGCAAAGUUUUUAACAAUUCCUCAACCCUUAUGAAACAUAAGAUAAUUCAUACCGGGAAGAAACUGUAUAAAUGUGAAGAAUGUGGCAAAGCUUUUAAGCAAUCCUCACACCUUACUAGACAUAAAGCAAUUCAUACGGGAGAGAAACCCUACAAAUGCGAAGAAUGUGGCAAAGCUUUUAAGCAUUUCUCAGCCCUUAGAAAACAUCAGAUAAUUCAUACUGGAAAGAAACCCUACAAAUAUGAAGAAUGCGGCAAAGCUUUUAGCAAUUUGUCAGCCCUUAGAAAACAUGAGAUAAUUCAUACUGGAGAGAAACCCUACAAAUGUGAAGAAUGUGGUAAAGCUUUUAAGUGGUCCUCAAAACUUACUAUACAUAAGGUAAUUCAUACUGCAGAGAAACCCUGCAAAUGUGAAGAAUGUGGCAAAGCUUUUAAGUGUUUCUCAGCCCUUAGAAAACAUAAGAUAAUUCAUACUGGAAAGCAACCCUACAAAUGUGAAGAAUGCAGCAAAGCUUUUAGCAAUUUUUCAGCCCUUAGAAAACAUGAGAUAAUUCAUACUGGAGAGAAACCCUACAAAUGUGAAGAAUGUGGUAAAGCUUUUAAGUGGUCCUCGAAACUUACUGUACAUAAGGUAAUUCAUAUGGAAGAGAAACCCUGCAAAUGUGAAGAAUGUGGCAAAGCUUUUAAGCAUUUCUCAGCCCUUAGAAAACAUAAGAUAAUUCAUACUGGAAAGAAACCCUACAAAUGUGAAGAAUGUGGCAAAGCUUUUAACAAUUCCUCAACCCUUAUGAAACAUAAGAUAAUUCAUACUGGGAAGAAACCAUACAAAUGUGAAGAAUGUGGCAAAGCUUUUAAGCAAUCUUCACAUCUUACUAGACAUAAAGCAAUUCAUACUGGGGAGAAACCCUACAAAUGUGAAGAAUGUGGCAAAGCUUUUAACCAUUUCUCAGCCCUUAGAAAACAUCAGGUAAUUCAUACUGGAAAGAAACCCUACAAAUGUGAACAAUGUGGCAAAGCUUUUAGCCAGUCCUCAACCCUUAGAAAACAUGAGAUAAUUCAUACUGGAGAGAAACCCUACAAAUGUGAAGAAUGCGGUAAAGCUUUUAAGUGGUCCUCACACCUUACUAGACAUAAAGUAAUUCAUACUAAAGAGAAACCCUACAAAUGUGAAGAAUGUGGCAAAGCUUUUAACCAUUUCUCAGCCCUUAGGAAACAUAAGAUAAUUCAUACUGGAAAGAAACCCUACAAAUGUGAAGAAUGUGACAAAGCUUUUAGCCAGUCCUCAACCCUUAGAAAACAUGAGAUAAUUCAUACUGGAGAGAAACCCUACAAAUGUGAAGAAUGUGGUAAAGCUUUUAAGUGGUCCUCAAAACUUACUGUACAUAAGGUAAUUGAUACUGCAGAGAAACCCUGCAAAUGUGAAGAAUGUGGCAAAGCUUUUAAGCAUUUCUCAGCCCUUAGAAAACAUAAGAUAAUUCAUACUGGAAAGAAACCCUAUAAAUGUGAAGAAUGUGGCAAAGCUUUUAGCCAGUCCUCAACCCUUAGAAAACAUGAGAUAAUUCAUACUGGAGAGAAACCCUACAAAUGUGAAGAAUGUGGUAAAGCUUUUCAGUGGUCCUCAAAACUUACUUUACAUAAGGUAAUUCAUACUGCAGAGAAACCCUGCAAAUGUGAAGAAUGUGGCAAAGCUUUUAAGCAUUUCUCAGCCCUUAGAAAACAUAAGAUAAUUCAUACUGGAAAGAAACCCUAUAAAUGUGAAGAAUGUGGCAAAGCUUUUAACAAUUCCUCAACUCUUAGAAAACAUGAGAUAAUUCAUACUGGAGAGAAACCCUACAAAUGUGAAGAAUGUGGUAAAGCUUUUCAGUGGUCCUCAAAACUUACUUUACAUAAGGUAAUUCAUACUGGAGAGAAACCCUGCAAAUGUGAAGAAUGUGGCAAAGCUUUUAAACAUUUCUCAGCCCUUAGAAAACAUAAGAUAAUUCAUACUGGAAAGAAACCCUACAAAUGUGAAGAAUGUGGCAAAGCUUUUAACAAUUCCUCAACCCUUAUGAAACAUAAGAUAAUUCAUACUGGGAAGAAACCAUACAAAUGUGAAGAAUGUGGCAAAGCUUUUAAGCAAUCUUCACAUCUUACUAGACAUAAAGCAAUUCAUACUGGGGAGAAACCCUACAAAUGUGAAGAAUGUGGCAAAGCUUUUAACCAUUUCUCAGCCCUUAGGAAACAUAAGAUAAUUCAUACUGGAAAGAAACCCUACAAAUGUGAAGAAUGUGACAAAGCUUUUAGCCAGUCCUCAACCCUUAGAAAACAUGAGAUAAUUCAUACUGGAGAGAAACCCUACAAAUGUGAAGAAUGUGGUAAAGCUUUUAAGUGGCCCUCAAAACUUACUGUACAUAAGGUAAUUCAUACUGCAGAGAAACCCUGCAAAUGUGAAGAAUGUGGCAAAGCUUUUAAGCAUUUCUCAGCCCUUAGAAAACAUAAGAUAAUUCAUACUGGAAAGAAACCCUAUAAAUGUGAAGAAUGUGGCAAAGCUUUUAACAAUUCCUCAACUCUUAGAAAACAUGAGAUAAUUCAUACUGGAGAGAAACCCUACAAAUGUGAAGAAUGUGGUAAAGCUUUUCAGUGGUCCUCAAAACUUACUUUACAUAAGGUAAUUCAUACUGGAGAGAAACCCUGCAAAUGUGAAGAAUGUGGCAAAGCUUUUAAACAUUUCUCAGCCCUUAGAAAACAUAAGAUAAUUCAUACUGGAAAGAAACCCUACAAAUGUGAAGAAUGUGGCAAAGCUUUUAACAAUUCCUCAACCCUUAUGAAACAUAAGAUAAUUCAUACUGGGAAGAAACCAUACAAAUGUGAAGAAUGUGGCAAAGCUUUUAAGCAAUCUUCACACCUUACUAGACAUAAAGCAGUUCAUACUGGGGAGAAGCCCUACAAAUGUGGAGAAUGUGGAAAAGCUUUUAACAAUUCCUCAACCCUUAAGAAACAUAAGCUAAUUCAUACUAGGGAGAAAUCGUACAAAUGUGAAGAAUGUGGCAAAGCUUUUAGCAAUUUCUCAGCCCUUAGGAAACAUAAGAUAAUUCAUACUGGGGAGAAACCAUACAAAUGUGAAGAAUGUGGUAAAGCUUUUAAGUGGUCCUCAAAACUUAUGGAACAUAAGGUAAUUCAUACUGGAGAGAAACCCUGCAAAUGUGAAGAAUGUGGCAAAGCUUUUAAGCAUUUCUCAGCCCUUAGAAAACAUGAGAUAAUUCAUACUGGAAAGAAACCCUACAAAUGUGAAGAAUGUGGCAAAGCUUUUAACAAUUCCUCAACCCUUAUGAAACAUAAGAUAAUUCAUACUGGGGAGAAACCGUACAAAUGUGAAGAAUGUGGCAAAGCUUUUAACCAUUUCUCAACCCUUAUGAAACAUAAGAUAAUUCAUACUGGGGAGAAACCGUACAAAUGUGAAGAAUGUGGCAGAGCUUUUAAGCAAUCCUCACACCUUACUAAACAUAAAGCAAUUCAUACUGGAGAGAAACCCUACAAAUGUGAAGAAUGUGGCAAAGCUUUUAGCCAUUUCUCACGCCUUACUAAACAUAGGAUAAUUCAUACUGGAAAGAAACCCUACAAAUGUGAAGAGUGUGAUAAAGCAUUUAGUCAGUCCUCAAACCUUACUAAACAUAAGAUAAUUCAUUCUGGAGAGAAACCCUACAAAUGUGAAGAAUGUGGCAAAGCCUUUAACCAGUCCUCACACCUUACUCGACAUAAAACAAUUCAUACUGGAGGGAAACCCUACAAAUGUGAAGAAUGUGGCAAAGCUUUUAACCAUCUUUCAGCGCUUACUAAACAUAAGAUAAUUCAUACUGGGGAGAAACCCUAAAAAUGUGAAGAAUGUGUCAAAGCUUUCAACCAUUUUACAAACCUUAAUACACAUAAGAUAAUUUAUACUAGAGACAGACCCUCGAUAUGUGAAGAAUGUGGCAAAGCUUUUAACCAGUCCUCAAGCCUUAAUAGGCAGAAAACAAUUCAUGCUGGAGAGAAACCCUACAAAUGUAAAGAAUGUGGCAAAGCCUUUAACUAGUCCUCACACCUUAAAUACACAUAAAAUAAUUGAUACUGGAGGAAAACCCUACAAAUAUAAUAAAGGUGACAAAGCUUUUAACCAUUGCUCAGCUGUUACUCAAAAUGAGAGAGUUCCUAAAGAAGAUAAACUCCACAAAUGUGAAUAAUAUGGCAAAGCUUUUAACUGGUCCUCAAGUCUUACUGAAUGUAAGAUAAUUCAUACCGAAGAGAAACCCUUCAAAUGUGAGGAAUGUGGCAAAGCUUUUAAUCAGUCCUCAAAUCUUACUGAACAUAAGAUAAUUCAUAGUAGAGACAAACACUACAAAUAUGAAGAAUGGGCAAAGCUUUUAACCAGUCCUCAAACUUUACUCAACAUAAAAUAAUUUAUCCUGGAGAGGAACACUACAAAUUUAAAGAAUUUGGCAAAACUUUUAACUGCUUCUCAAAACUUACUGAACAUAAGAAUUCAUACUGGAGAGAUACUUUACAAAUGUGAAGAAUGUGGCAAAGCUUCUAACGGGUUCUCAGAUCUUACUGAAUAUAAGAUAAAUUAGAGAGAAACACUCCUCAUGUGAAGAGUGUGGCAAAACUUUUAACUGGUCCUCAAACCUUACUGAACAUAAGAUAAUUCAUACUGAAGAGAAACCCUACAAAUAUGUAAACUGUGGCAAAGCUUUUAACUGGUUCUCAGACCUUACUCAACAUAAGAUAGUUGAUACUGAAGACAAACUCUAGAAAUGUGAAGAAUGUGGCAAUGCUUUUAAUCAGUUCUUAAACUUUAUUAGACAUAAGAAAAUUCAUACUGGAGAAAAACCCUACAAAUGUGAAGAAAGUGGCAAUGCUUUUAGCCAGUCCUCAACUCUUGCUAAACAACAUAAUUCAAUGGGAGAGAAACCCUACAAAUGUGAAUAAUGCCAUAAGCAUUCUUCAAUUUUUUUUUUUUUUUUUUUUGAAACAGAGUUUCGCCCUUGUGCCCAGGCUCUGGAGUGCAGUGGCACAAUCUCGGCUCACUGCAACCUCCGCCUCCUGGGUUUUCAAGCGAUUCUCCUGCCUCAGCCUCCCGAGUAGCAGGGACUAUAGGCAUGUGCCACCACGCCCAGCUAAUUUUGUAUUUUUAGUAGAGACGGGGUUUCUCCAUGUUGGUCAAGCUGGUCUCGAACUCCCGACCUCUGGUGAUCUGCCCGCCUCGGCCUCCCAAAGUGCUGGGAUUAAAGGCGUGAGCCACUGUGCCCAGCCUAAUUCUUCAAUUCUUAAUAAACAAUUUAUACUGAAGAGAAACCCUACAAACGUGAAGAAUGUUGCAAAGCUUUUAACGUCCUCAAACCUUACUGAAUGUAAGAUAAUUCAUAAUGGAAACUAGCCCUACAAAUAUGAAGAACGUGGCAAAGACUGUAACCAUUUCUCACAUCUUACCACACAUUAAGAUAAUUCAUACUGAAGAGAAACCCGACAAAUGUGAAGAAUGUAACAAAGUCUUUAACUGGUCUUCAACUCAUAAUAAAUAUAAGAUAAUUCAUACAGAAGAUAAAUUUUAUAAAUAUGAAGAAUGUGACAAAAGCUUUAAAAACAUUUCAACCCUUAUUACACAUAAGAUAAUUUAUGUUGUAGAGAAAUUCUACAAAUGUGAAGAAUGUGGCAAAGUUUUUUUUUUUUUUUUUUGAAAUGGAGUCUCAGUCUGUCGCCCAAAUUGGAGUGCAAUGGCGCAAUCUCAGCUCAUUGCAACCUCCGCCUCCUGGGUUCAAGCGAUUCUCUGGCCUCAACCUCCCAAGCAGCUGGGAUUACAGGCGCCUGCCACCACGCCCAGCUAAUUUUUGUAUUUUUAGUAGAGACGGGGUUUCACCAUUUUGACUAGGCUGGUUUUGAACUCCUGACCUCAAGUGAUCCACCCGCCUUGGCCUCCCAAAGUGCCCCAAAGUGCUGGGAUUACAAGCAUGAGCCAUUGCCCCCAGUUGAAUGUGGCAAAGUUUUUAAUAAGUUAUCAAAUCAUACUGGAGAGAAACUCUACAAACCUAAAAGACAUGACAGUGCUCUUGAGAACACCUUAAACUUUUCUAAACAUAAAAGAAAUCAUAGUGUCAAGAAGCCCUAGAUGUGAGUCAUGUCACAAAGCCUUUAAAUGGUUGUCACACUUGAGUAUAAGCUAAUUUAUCCUAGAGAAAACUAUGAAGAAUGUGGCAAAAUAUUUAACCAAUACUCACACCUUAUCGCAUAGGAAAGCAUUUAUACUUGAAAAAAAAUGUACACCUAUGAAGAAUGUGGAAAAGCCAUUGAUAUCUGCUCACAUCUUAACAUCACAGAGUUUAUACUUAAUACAAAUAUUAAAAAUGCAAUUACUGUCAGAAUAUCUUUUAGAAAAUAUAAACCUUAGAAUGGUGAAGAGUAUUUCUUUUGAUGACAAACAUUACAAAUAUAAAGACGGUUGUAGUACUAUAUUUGUAUCACAGAUCUUAUUGUGCAUAUUUUGUGCUAGAGAAAAACCCUAAAGUUGCUCAAACUUUGUUCGAUAUCAGGAAAUGUAUAAUAGAGAAAAAAACCUGCAAAUGUAAUAAAUUUGGAAAAAAAGUUUAGAAACUACAGCUUACAAAACAGAGUUAAGUUUUUUUUGUAGAUGCAGUAAAUAUGAAAAAUAUUCAAUCCAAAAUUAACUCUGUAAAUGUCAGAGAAUUCACAGUAGAAAUGAUAAGGCACUGGCACUUCAGACUACACUAAAUCAGAGUGUUGAGUAUAAAAAAUAAUUUCAAUCUAAAAUUUAGAUAAGUUAUUUGCAUAUAACUUAAAAAAGAGGAGGUGAUUUUUUGGAGAAUUAUAAUUACAUUUGAAGUAUACUUUUUGUAUACUUCAAAUAUCAAAAAAAUUAACAUCGCAAUAUUGAAAAAAAUUACAGACUCUUUGAAAAGCAAAUAAGGAUGUAAUUCAACUCUCAAAUUACUUCAUGCUCUUCAUUCCUACUUUAUUUACAUGUGAAAGCAUGCGAUCAAUUGUUGCUGCAUCAGAGAUAUGAAAGAUUCUUUUUUAUUAGGUGGGCAUUAUUUAUGACCUUUUUCAUAAAAGAGAAAGGAUAUUAAAAUAUAAAAUGCAUAAAAAUCUAAAUGGAGAGGCUUUUUGUGGUUAACUUAAAAUAUUGAGUGAUGUAUGAGGUAGGUGUUCUGAGUAAUAUAUUUUUGUGCAUUAUAGUGAGAAAAACAUUUUAAAAUUUUAGUUAAAAUUAAAAUUAAAUUAGUGAUGUAUUAAUUGUGCUUUUAUAUAAUAUAGUACAUUCAUAAAUUUUUAGAUUAUAUGUAAACUUAAUUUUUUAAACAUUUUUUGACAUGUUAAGUCUGUUGUACAUUCAAUGAAGUCUUAUUAUGCCACUCACUUUAACCUAUCCCACCUUACUCAAGGGUAUAGGUAAGAGAUGGCAACAGUUUACUAUUUGGUAAGAGUGGAAUAACAUCUCUAGUAAUCUCUUUUUUUCAGUGGCUUUAACCUGCAAAUAAAUUAAAGAAUAUUGUUCUCGUAGGUUACAUUUUUAUACUUUUAAUCUUAUUUAAACUUCUUUUUUUUUCGCCUUGACAAAUUUAAUCUUAUUUUUCUUAACUUUUGUGCGUACAUAGUGUGUAGAUAUAUUUCUGCCAUAUAUAGCAUAUUUUGAUACCAGCAUAAAAUAUGUAAUAAUCACGUCAGGGUAAAUGAGGGAUUCUUCACCUUCAACAUUUAUUCCUUGAAUUACAAGCAAUCCAAAUCUACACUUUUAGUUACUUUGAAAUAUAAAACGAAAUUGUUAUUUAUUAUAGCAUCAUUUUUGUGGUCAUAAUAAAAAUCAUAUAGGAAUGUAAAUAAAAUCUAUACAUAUCUGGGUCCUGAGUAAAUAUUUUUUUUAAUUUGUCGUCUAUUUUUCUUUGAACAUGUGGCCACUAUGCCUGCAAACACAUACCUACAGACUUUUUUUUUUUUUUUGCAGUUGCAAGAUUUAAUAGAAUGAAAACAGAGCUCUCAUACAAAAGGAGGGGACCCAAAGAGGGUAGCCGGUGCCAGCUCAAAUGCCUGGGUUUAUAUCCUGAUCAUUGUCCCUCCCCCUGUGCUCUCAGGGGAUAGAUGAUUGGCUAUUUCUUUACCUCCCAUUUUUGCCUAAUUAGCAUUUUAGUGAGCUCUCUUUACUACCUGAUUGGUUGGGUGUAAGCCAAGUUGCAAGCCCUGUGUUUAAAGGUGGAUGCGGUCACCUUCCCAGCUAGGCUUAGGGAUUCUUAGUCGGCCUAGGAAAUCCAGCUAGUCCUAUCUCUCAGUCCCCGUUCUCAACAGGAAAACCCAAGUCCUGUUGGAGAGGUUGGCUGAUGACCGCUCUAACUGCUUUCUGCUGAAUUGGGGCAUAGUAGGGGUUGUGCAGUUGAGAUUUCCUCAGGAGGGGUGCCUUUGAUGUCAUCAACAUCAGAGCAUGGGCUUGCAGGCCAGUCCAGGGGUCCACGGUAGAUCUUAGUCAUGGACUGCAUCUGGGGCUCCAUUUGAAGAACGAUUUGUGGCUUUACAGCUUGGAUUCUGGAAGAGACAAACUUAACAAGGAGGUUAAAGAUACAGGAAUUGAAAUGUAUGGCCUGCAGUGCAGGAGAUUAUUUCUUUGGCACGCUUCACAGGCCCUGACUAUCUGCUUGAUGGUUUUAAAAAGGCCUUGUCCAUUAAAUAAUAAUUUGGCCAUCUGAUAGGUGCUAUUAAUGCCUAAGGGAAAGGUUUGGUGAAGGGUUUUAAGUAAUUUCCAUUGGUUAGCUGCAGGCAAAAGUAUUUUUCCUUCUUCAGUGGCUAGCCAUCCUGAGGGGAGGAAACUAUGUUGUCGUGAGGUUCCCCAUUGUUUCUUCUGCUGAGUACUGGGGCUUGGUUUCCUGGAGGGGAUUACCCCAUACUAGGGGUCCUUCUAUAAGCAUUUCUAAUGGAGGGUCCUGCCUUGCAUCUCUUUUGGCUUCAAUAUCCGCUUGGCGGUUCCCUUCUAUUUCCCUUUCCUUUCCUUUUUGAUGACCCCAGCAGUGUAAGACUGCCACCUCUUUAGGUUUCUGUAUAGCCAAUAAUAAUCUAAUGGCUUCCUGAUGUUUGAUAGGUGUUCCCUCAGAAGUUAGGAAUUCCAUUUCUCUCCAUAUUGCUGUGUGGGCUUGGAGGACUAGGUAAGCAUACUUAGAUUCUGUAUAUAUAUUUACCCUUUUUCCUUUUCUUAAUUCUAGUGCCCGAGUGAGGGCUAUUAGUUCUGCCAACUGAGCGCUAGUUCCUGCAGUGAGGGGAUUACUUUCAAGUAUUCCAUUAUCACUGACCACUGCAUACCCCGCUUUUCAAAGUCCUUUUUCUACAAAGGAACUUUCAUCAGUAUACAAGUUGAGGUAGGGAUCAGUCAAGGGAAUCUCUAGAAGGUCCCUUUGAGUGACAUAGGUUUGAGCAAUCACCUGUUGACAGUUACGUUCUAUCUUUUCUUCAUUGUCUGGAAGAAAUGUGGCUGGGUUAAGAGUUGCACAAGUGUGCAGUCGCAGCAUUAGUCCUUCAAUUAAUAGAGCCUGAUUUUUAAGCAAAUGGUUGUCUGACAGCCACAAGUUUCCUUUAGCAGUGAGUAUACCGUUUACAUCAUGAGAUGUCCACACAGUAAGAUCUCUUCCCUGUAUUAUUUUAACUGCUUCAGAUACUAAGACUGCUACUGCCGUCACUACCUGUAAACAAUGAGGCCAACCCUUUGCCACUACAUCAAUUUUCUUACUCAAGUAUGCCACAGGUUGCAAGCUGGUCCCUUGAACCCUGUGUAAGGACUCCUAGAGCUAUUCCUGUUUUUUCUGUGACAUAUAAAGAGAAGCCUUGCCCUGUUGGCAAACUUAACAUUGGGGCUUGGGUUAGGGCCUUCUUUAGGGCCUGGAAAGCCUCUUUUGCUUCAGGUGUCCAUCUUACUAAAUGGGUAUUGGCUUUCUGAGUUUACUUAGUGUAUAUACUGGCCUGACUGUUUCACCGUACCUGGGAAACCAUAUUUGGCAGAAGCCUGUUAUGCCAAGGAACCCUCUUAGUUGCUUUUAGGGUUUUGGGAUGAGGAUAAGCCAGUAUAGGCUGGAUACUUUCCUCACUGAGGGCCCUAGUGCCUUUAAAUAAUUUUAGCCCUAAGUAUUUAACCUGCUGUAAGCAGAGCUGAGCCUUUGGUUUGGAAUCCUUGUAGCCACAAGUGGUGAGGAAGUUUAAAAGAGCUUUGGUGGCUUGAUGGCACAAGGUUUCCGAAUGGGCGUCUAGAAGUAAAUUAUUCACAUACCGAAGGGCAGGAGUGUCCAGGUAUGAGAACUGGCUCAAGUCUUGGGCUAAUGCCUGGCCAAAUAGAUGGGGGCUACCCCUGAACCCUUGGGGUAGAACAGUCCAGGUGAAUUGAGAUGUUGGGUUCGAAGGAUCUUCAAAGAAAAACAAGAAUUGAGAGUCAGGAUGUACAGGGAUGCAGAAAUAGGCAUCCUUAAGGUCCAGGACUGUAAAACACUCUGCUUCCUCUGGUAUUUGGGAAAGCAGAGUAGAGUAUAAGGGUUAGAUACAGCUGGGUAUAGAGGGACAACGGCCUCACUGAUAAUCCUGAGAUCUUGCACUAACCUGCACUGUCUGUUAGGUUCCUGUACUCCUAAAAUUGGAGGAUUGCAGGGGCUAUUGCAGGGUUUUACUAGGCCUUGGGCUUUUAGGUCCUUAAUCUUUUGGAGUCCUUGUUGGGCCUUGGGUCUAAAGGGGUACUGCCUUUGGUAGGGAAAGGAGGUGGACUCCUUUAUUGAACAGGACAGGCAUUCUUUGCUUGCCUAUAUUGUCCUUCUGUUGUCCAGACUUCAGGAUUAAUUCCUUAAGCAGGGGACAACAAACAGGUGUUCCUUCUCCUAUGUUCAGGUGUAUAAUGGCCCCUGCUUUUGCUAGAAUGUCUCUCCCUAAAAAGCGAGUGGGGCUUUCAGGCAUAAUUAGAAAAGCAUGUGAAAAGAGUAAAGUUCCCCAGUCACAACUUAGUGGCUGGAAGAAGUAUCUAGUGACUGGCUGUCCUAGGAACCCUCAGAUAGUGACAGAUCUGGAGGACAGUUGUCCGGGACAGGAGAGUAAGACUGACACGCCAGUGUCCAGGAGGUGGUUAACCACCUGGCCUUCAAUGGUUAAGCAUACCCGGGGCUCUGUGAGGGUGAUGGCAUGGGCUGGCGCUUGCCCCAGGCACCCUCAGUCCUGCUGCUGGAUCAUCUGGUUAGUGGCUUCUGACUCAGAGGACCUUCAUCCCCUGGGGCAGUGGGCCUUCCAGUGAUUCCCUUGACAUAAGGGGCAUGGAUGAGGGGGCGGCUUAUUUCUAUUUGGACAAUCUUUUUUAAAGUGUCCUUGUAGACCACACUGGAAGGAAGCCCUAUUAGGCAUUUGAUUUGCCCAGGCUUUCCGUGUUCCAGAGCCUCCAAAGUCUGUUUGCCUGAGGGCCAUGACUAAAGCCUUUUUUUUUUUUUAAAUCUCAUUUGUCUCAUUCUGCCUGUUCCUCCUGAUCUCUAUUAUAAAAAACCGAGGUUGCCAAGUUCAAUAGGGUUUCUAAGUUUUGCUCCAGGCCUAAGGCAGACUUUUGAAGUUUUUUUCUAAUGUCUGCAACUGACUGAGUGAUAAACUUAACCUUUAAGAUUAGUUGGCCUUUAAUAGAGUCAGGUGACAGAGCGGUAUGCUUCCUUAAUGCGUCCCUUAGUCUCUCCAGAAAGGCAGUAGGAUUUUCUUCCUUUUCCUGUGUUAUAGUGGACAUCAUUGAAUAAUUAAUAGGCUUCUUCCUAGUUUUCCUUAGUCUUUCUAGCAUGCAAGUUAGCAAAUGUCUGCAGCAUCAAUCUACACGUUCUGGUUCUGCGUCCCAAUGAGGGUCUACACUGGGAAUUACCUGCUGGCCUGUGGGGAAUCGUUCUCUUUCCUCUGUUGUCAUACUAUCAUUGACCUGACUGACAUACCAGAGAUCACCAAACUCUCAGGCUGCAGUUAUGGUGGCACUUCUCUCAUUUGGGGUUAGUGUCUGAUCUAACAGUAACAUUUUAUCUCUCCAUGUCAGAUCAAAGGAUUGUCCUAACCCUUGUAAAACAUCAGUAUAGCCAUCAGGGUUAUCUGAUAAUUUACCUAGGGCUAUUUCAGUUUGCCUCAAGUCUGACAGGGAAAAAGGUACAUAUACUCUGACUGGGCUGAAUUCUCCAGAAUACAUCUUAGGGGCAUUUUUGCCUUGGAGGGAAUGUUUCCCAUCUGAAAAAAAAACCAUAAGGAUUCUAGUACCCUUAGUCAUUUUCUGAUGAGCAUUAGUCCUACAGCAUCCUCUAUGGUCCUAAUGCUUAUUCCUUUCCAGAGUGUGUAACCCCAUGGACUUCUGCUUAUUGGAUUAGUUAUGUUUACUGAUGUAGCAGUUCUGCACCUGUUUUCCCACCUUUCUUGACCACAAAGAAAGGGGUCUGGGCUGCUGGAUUCUAGUGGUCCUUUACCAGCAUGCCCAGCAUUGACUUUGUGCUCAUAGGUGAGUUCUAGAGCUAGGCUGGGUUCCUGAAUAUUUCAUAACAACCCAGCUGCCCCAUCAAGAUGCAUUCCUACAAACAACAGUUCAUAUGCAAAUUCACUUCAGAGAGGGUGUGGGUAACCUUUUGAGUCAGGACCGAGAUAGAGUUUUUUGAUUCUGUAAGUACUUUAAGGCUUGGCUGAGUGCAAACAGCUCACACGUUUGAGCAGACUAGUUAUUAGGCAAUUUUCCUAACUCUGCUUCUACAAGAGUUUACCUCAAUUACUGAAUACCCAUUGUGUUUUGUUUUUUUUUCCUCAAUCACCUGGGAGGAACCAUCUAUGGUCCUGUCAUGAGGGAGUUCCUCCUAGGUCUGGUUGGACCUUUGUAUGGUAAUUAAAAUUUAAAUCCCCUGUUAGGAAAUCUGCUGGGUUAAGGGAAUUUUCAGUGGUCAAUGUUAAAUCACCUUUUUCUAACAGAAUAGUCCCAUACUUUAAGAUUUGAGUUAGUAAGCUACCUUUUUGCUUUUUUUUUUUUUGACUUAGGAUAGCUCUGAACUGGCGAGGUGUGCUCACAAUGAGGUUUCCUCUAAAGUUUUUCUACUUAUAGCAAAGCAGUGCCGCUACUGACUGAAUGCAUUUGUCCCAUCCAUGGGUUACUGGGUUAAGAAUUUUUGAUAGGAAGGCUAUGGGUUGUCAGUGGCCUCAGUGCUUUCGGGCUACGCCCUUGUUUACACUGACAGCCAAGUGGUAUUGGAGUGUUAUAAGGUCACAGAGAAGACUUUCAAUGAACAAUUAUAGGUUUUAAAUUUACCCUGGCUUCUAAAGGAAUAGGGCACACUGUUUUUUCUUUACUACUUCUAUCUUUCUCUUUGUCUCUCUCUCUCUGUCUCCCUCUUUGUCUCUCUCUCUUUCUCUCCCCUCUGUCUCUCUCUUUUUCUCUUUUCUCCUAGCUCUUUACAAACUUGGGGCCCUGGCAAGGGUGGUGGGGAACGGGUCCUGUGUAACUGCCCAUGCUGAGAGCUGUAUGUCUAAAUUGGGAGGGACACCAGGGACAAGACUUUGUGGGUUCAUAGCCUAGGGGCCUAAGGACACAGUGUAGAGCUUCCUUACAUCCCUUUGGAGAUACAACUUGCUAGAGUAAAUGAAAAUCUGAACCAUUAGUACCUAGGAGGCAGGGAUCAGAGGAGUAGAUUCAGAGAUAAGGAGAAUUUUGGGGCUACACUUUCAAGAAAGUCAUAGUCAGGACCCAGGAGAUAUGGGUCAGAAGGAAAGGUAGGGGUGCACGCAUGGGAGACUGUUGAGUAGAGACUUCUGGCUGCACCAUGAUCUCAAUUGGCUAACGCUGGGAGUUCAGGACGACAGCUUUCUGCCUCUAGUCAGCCUUCGGCUUCCUCAGGAAAAUUGAAAGUGGAAGCUGGUUCCAGGCAGACCAACGCUCCCAAUCCAGAAGGGUUGGGGGUUGUUGGAAAGCCCUUUCUCAGACAGCCUCACACCUGAGUCUUAAGUCCGGCGGCCAUGCUAAUCGUUUUUAACUGGCUGACAGGUGCCCAGUAUUUUCCUCCAAUUCUAAGGAAGGGCAGGACAGAAUACCAAGGUGAAAGUGGUCCAAUAUUACUCACUGCUUUAGAGGUCCCUUGGUGGUUGCCAAAAUGUUACCCAGGGGUCUUUGCUCCUGGAGCUCCCAAGGUGGUGGUGGGCUGCUUCCAAGAUGGCAGCAAGCCUCGUGUUCUCUGACCUGGGGUUCUUGGCCUCACAGAUUCCAAGGAAUGGAAUCUUGAGCCAUGCAGUGAGUGUUAUAGCUCUAUAUAUCAUAUAUACGAUAUCAUAUAUAUCAUAUAUAUAUCUCAUAUAUAUCAUAUUUAUCAUAUAUAUUGUUUUGUAGUUUAUGAAGUAUACAUUAUGUGAGCUGGUCAUGGAUUAUAAGAAUAAUUUUUAUGAAAUUUAGUAGUGUACACGAAAUGAUUUUUAGAUGUAAUUCCACAAUUAGUGUAUUAAGUUAUAUUUUGUUAGAAGAUUUCAUUUAUUUCUUUUACUUGGAGAACCCUAUAUAAGCUCACUUUUACUUAGUUAUUGUUCUUCUCUAUUUUUAAAAUUGUCAUAAGUUAAUUUAUUUACUGAGCAAGUUUGUUCAGGUAAGUACUAGGAAGGCUUCCAUAAGUCAAGAGGAUGUUUUUGUAUAUAAAUGCAGCAAACAAACAUGGCAGUGCUUGCUGUGUAGCAGAUGCUUCAUAAUAAGCCAUAAGUAUUCCUCCUGGAGUUAGUUUGUAACUUUAAGUCAGAAUGGAAAAUAUCAAUGGAGAAGAAAUUACAUUGAUUCCUCAUGUUGAGAGGACAUUUUCCCCAGGAUGCAAAGUUUACUCUUGCUGAAUUUAAAGAGAAAUUCUGCUUCUUUAUUUUUUAAUUAUGUUCAGUUUUGUUUGUCAUAUAUUCAUUUCAAGUAUGUACGCAUCACGGUUCUUCUACUUCUUUUUCUGUGUUACAGCUACAGUUGUCUCAGUUGUCUUCCUACCAUGUUAUUUUACAUGGUAUUUUGUAGGUUCUGAUGAGAAAGUUGGUUGGUUUUGUUUUGUUUUGUUUUGUUUUGUUUUUUCUGAGAUGGAGUCUCAUUCUGUCACCCAGGCUGGAGUGCAGUGGUGUGAUCUUGGCUCACUCCAACCUUUGCCUCCCGGGUUCAACUGAUUCUUCUGCCUCAGCCUCCCAAGUAGCUGGGACUACAGGCAUGCGCCUCCAUGCCCAGCUAAUUUUUGUAUUUUUAGUAGAGACGGGGUUUCACCAUAUUGGCCAUACUGGUCUCGAACUCCUGACCGCAUGAUCCCCACCUCCUAAGCCUCCCAAAGUGCUGGGAUUACAGGCAUGAGCCAUCACCCCUGGCCAAAAGUUGCUAUUUUUAAUGUGCUAAAAAAUGGAUUUUAAGUGGAGAAUUUGCUUGCCAAUAUAACUUUCAGAUUAGUUAAUUAAAAUAAGAGACAUACACUGUCCACACGUGAAAUAAUUAAAUCAGUUAACAUUGUUUUUCUUUGUUUGUAAUAGAAGAAUCUUAUCGGAUUCUUACACAAAGUGUGGCAGGCAUAAAAUUUGUUACAAAAUAUAUCUUAUAAGUUAUAUUUAAAAGAGAGUUAGUAGUUAAGUAAGGAUUCUAAAUUUAAUUUUCUAUGAUACAGCACAAGUUACAUUUUUAUACAGACUCCUAUUUUUAAGUGUAAAUGUUAAAUGUUGAAAAAUAAUAAAAUGUACUCUGUUGAUUAGACAUUUGAAGUGUUUAUUUUUCAUACUGAUAUUACAAUUUGGAGAAAAUUUUUACUGUUGUAUAAUUUUUGAAGUGGGUGAAGUUCAGUCUACAGUUUUUAUUUUUAGUCACCUCACUGUAGGCAACUCUUUGGUCAUUUUCUCUGGAAAAAUCUUGGAGAUGAGGUUAUGAUGGCUUUCAGAUUAAAACAUUUCCUAUUAUUUUGCAUGCAAACUUGUUUACUGUGUUCAAACAGUGACCAGUCUUGAGAACAUAAACAACACCUGCCCUUUUAAUGUCUUUCAUACCAUUGCAAUUAGCACCAGAAACUCCUGCUGUCCCAAGCUUAAAAUAAAAACCCUAAUGUACAUUGGCUCCUCCUAUGCACGGUACUGCAUUCAGAACAUGCUGUUAAAUGUCAGAGCUCCUAUGGUUAUGACUGAAAAAUUAAAUGACAAAAACAGCACAAAAAUAUAUUUUGGAUACUAUUUAGCCAAGUUAAUGACAAAGACAGAGACUAUUUGAAAAAAUCGGUAUCCUUCUAUAAUGUUUCAAAUAUAUAUUUUUCAACUUGAUAGAUAAAACAUGUAUUCUAUAAAACAUGUUUUGAAGUAUAUAUAUACAUUGUCAAAUGCUUAAUUUUAGGUAAUUAAUGCUUUACCUCACACAGUUAACAUUUGUGUGGUGAGAGCACAUGACAUUAUCCUAGCAUUUUUCAAAAAUACAUUACUAUUAACUGUAGAUACCAUGCUGUACAAUCAGUCUUUUGAAUGUGUUACUUGUAUGCUAUUAUAAUUAUGUAUUCUUUGACAAACAUCUUUCUAAAGCCCUCUUUCUUCUAAAUACCUUGGUGUCUGAUGGUUACAAUUUUACUCUCUACUUAAGUUAAUUUAAGUUUUAUAUCAUUCGUGUGUAGGUGAAAUCAUAAAAUUUUAAUGUUUCUGUUCCUGGCUUAUUUAAACUAAUAUAAUGUCCUCCAGGUUAAUCCAUGUGAUUGAACAUAAUAGAGUUUUCUUUCUAAAAGAGAAAUAGUAUUCCAUUGUGUAUAUAUACUACAUUGUCAAUAUUUACUCAUUAGAUGUUGAACUGUUGAUUCUAUAUUUUGGCUAUUGUGAAGAGUGUUGCAAACAACAUAGAAGUGCAAAUGUUUCUCAUUCUGAUUUCAUUUGUUUUUAAAUAUAUAUAUCCAAUAGUGAAAUUGCUGUAUUAUAUGGUAGUUUGAUUUUAAAUUUAUUAAGAAAUCUCUAUUUCAGUUUUCAUAAUGGUUUUCCUCAUUUACACUCAAACCAGCAGUGUGCAAGCAUUCCCUUUUCUUCACAUCUUUACCAAUGCUUUUUUUUCUUUUUAAUAAGAGUCAUUCUAAUAUGAGUGACUUUAUAUCUCAUAGAUUUUUUGGCUUGCCUUUCUCUGAUAAUAAGUGACAUUGAGCAUUUUUAAAUAUCUGUUGGCCAUAUGUAUGUCUUUUUUUGAAAAAUAUUUAAGCCUUUUGCUCAUUUUUAGUAGUUAUUUGUUUUUUACUUUCUUACAUAAUCUUGAUAUUCACCCCUUGUCACAUGUAUGAUUUGCAAAAAUGUUCUCCCAUUUAUUAGUUGUCUUGUUGAUUAUAUCAGAUUCUGUGCAGCAACUUUUUAAUUUGAACUAAUCUGACUCAUCUAUUUUUCCUUUAGUUCCCUGGGAUUGUGAGGUUAAAUAAAAAAAAAAUCACUGCCCAAACCAAUGUUAUAGAGCUUUCAGUCUAUAUAUUUUUUAGUAGUUUCAGAGCUUCAGGCUUUACAUUUAGGUAUUUAAUAUAUUUUGAGUUGAUUUAUAUAUAUGGAGUAAGAUGAGGGACUCAUUGCUCUGUGUGUGGCUAUAGUCUUCUCAACAUCAUUUAUUGAAGAUACUGUCAUUUUCCUAAGAAAUUGUCAUCUAUAUAAAAAAUCGGUUAGCCUUAAAUACA